AAUUCUUCACAUGCCAUUAGUCAAUGGACAGACUACUGUUUUCACUUUUGUAUUGUUAUUUGGAUAAUUAUUUAAGACAUGCAUUGUCUUAAAAAAAAGGUUAUUACAACAUGUUAAGGUGAUAAUCAUUAGUUUAAUCAGAAAUCUAAGUAACAUGAGAUGUCCUGUUAAUUUACAAAUAAAACAAAGCUCCCACAGAUAUAAAUUCAAGCAUCUGCAUGUGGAUUCUAACUGUGCAAGAAAAGUAAUAAUGCCUUUUCAAAAAAAAAAAAAAGUAACAAUAAAAAAGGGUUAUUGGAUAGCCUUUAAAUGUCAAUGGCAUGCUCAACAAGAAGCAGAAGGAAGACAUCCUACUUAUCCUAUAUGGAUGCAAGAAUCUCUUUUUCCAAUGAUUUUGCAGAAGCCCAGAUGGCCAUCAAGAGUAGUGAAAGCAACUACAGAGAAGCACCAGUUUCCUCAGACUUCCAAUUCUCAGUGAAGAACUACAGAAUGAUACCAGCUGAUGAAGCCAUCUUUAAGGGAAUGUUGGUGCCUUUGAAGGAGAAUUGCACUAAGAUGACUUUAAGAGAUGCAUUGCUUGCUGAUGAUGAUCAUGAGAAUGCAUUGCCAAAGCUACCAAAGAACUCAUGGUGGUGGAAGGAGAAGUUAGGCUUAAAGAAGUCCAGAAGUAAUGACAAGAAAUAUUAUGGUGCUCCUGCUCCACCAAAAACCACAGGUGAGAUGGAAUGAUUCUACAUGUUUCGAGGUUUAUUUGACUUCCCAACAUUCUUUCAUGAGCUUUGUCACUCUUAGCCUCCCAGUCUUUCCCUUACUACUACUCCUAAUGAACGUUUUGUUUAAAUGUUUUCAUCUGUACAAAUGCUUGCAGUAAUAGAAAAUCCAAGAAGUUACGAAC